GAAGCAUCAACCCAAUCGGCAGGAAGAUCAUCCAGAAUAACCAGUACUCUGGAUCGAUUGAGCAUUGAGUAGCAACAACGAAAGUACCACAGGACACUAGACCAGGUAGGACGACGCCCAGAAGAAGACAAAGCGACAAACUGCUGGACUUGGUCGAUCCUUCUGACAGCAUACGGUAGAGGUGAAGUGAGUAAAGAAAGAGCCAUGCAAAUGGAGCGCAUGAACAGAAGGAAAGGACAGCGUUUCGGACUGGGCAGAACGUCUGAUUUACAGCGGCUCUAUUCAAAAAGUACAGGUUAGUGGCGUUUAAUACAAAGGUUAUGAUGAAUCCGACACGAACAAGUCGAGCAGUCGUACUCCUCCUUGAAAGGGUCAAUACCAUGGCUAUCAAGCAGAACAGCAGAGCAGCUACAGCCAUUACUGGAGCGGCCAGUGACGCCGAAUGAGAAAUUCUCAUAAAGGUGCCCGUUUCGCUUUUGGCAAACACCGUAAACACUCCACUUGAUUCGAAUUCACAGACUGCAUGCGUCAGGUUUAGUGCGACCAACUGAGCGUGGUGGGUCGACCAUGAAGUGUGUUGAGCCCGAGUAGCAUUCUUCACGUGAAUGAAAACCAUAGGAAAGCCUUCCGGGCGGUGAUCGAUGAAGUUGUUGUACUUAGGUAGAGUGUUUGAGAAAUCGAGUACGUCCAUGGAGAACACUAUAUGGUCUGAAGAGAAUUGAAACGGCUGUAGAUAAGGCAUCUGCUGAUGGACGUUGAAUACGGCCUCUCCGUAAUCCGUGAGCUUUUUGACGGUGGCCAGAUAACCUUCGGGAGAUUCGUGAGCAGCCAGCUUCCCAGCAGCAAGUGCUAGCGACUCCGUGAACCACAAGUCCUUCAGAUGGUUUCGUUCGAAUUGAUCAAGCCUCAGCUCUGUAUCCAGAAUCCUAUGCAGAGCGGUUCGGGCGAUGUCGAGAUUGCGACCAUCUAUCGGUUCGGAUCCCCGGGUCGCAUUGUAAAGCAUCACUAGUAGUUCGCCAGAGGUCAGAACGUCGUACUGAAGCUUGGACGUCUUCAACUUAUACAUUAUGA